AUGAAGAGGAAAAAAGUCGUACAACAUGAAGCAGGAGAAGAGGAAGAGUUUGACCCAGUGAUGAAGCAGGAUGUUAAAUUCUUUGUCCAAUAUCCUCCCAAUCAUGCAAUACGAUAUGCUUCUUACAUGAACCCGAAUGUUAAAAAAGAAUUGAAGGACAAGCUUACGGAUAGACAGUUUGAACUCUUUUUCGAGACUAUAUUUGGGAAAUACCUCGACAUGCACCGUUGUGAAGUUCAACCACAGAUGUUCAGGUGUUUUAUGGUUAGAGAGCUGAAAAAAAGUACCCCUACUGCCUUUGUUAUUGAUGUUAAUGGUUUCAAAUUGACGUUCCAGCUUUUCGAUUUUGCAUUAAUGACUGGGUUGAAGUGUUUUGGGGAGGAAAUUGUUCUUAAGUCUAAGAAAAACAGACUGUUGGAUACAUAUUUCGGGGGUUCCAUCAAAGGUGUGAAAAAGGCUGAAUUGGUUGAAUGCUUUAAGGAUCAGAAUUGGGGCGUUGACGAUGAUGCAGACGGAGAUGCUGUAAAGAUUGCAUUACUGUAUUUUAUCCAUACAUACAUCCUAUCCGGUGAGAAAAACAAUGUAGUGAUUCCAAGGCUCCAUUUUGACUUGGUAGAGAGUGGGCGGUACGUAGACUAUACAUGGGGAAAGGAAGCAUUUGAUGAUUUGGUCAGAAGUAUUCACCAUAAGAUGGAUAAUACAAAACAGUAUUAUUGCCUUCGUGGUUUUCCGUUUGCUAUGCAAGCAUGGCUAUACGAGUGCUGCUCCAACUUGGGACCAAAAUUGGCAGUAAAAAAUGGAGAUCGUAUUCCUAGAAUGUUCAACUGGAAAACUAUAGACGGGACUCCACACUUUAAAGAUCUCAUGACUGGCAUAUUCAAUGACGACGAGUCAGGGGACCGUCUUACCUAUAGGAAUAUUGUGCCGACCAUCAGUGAGAUUGAGGAGCUUGGAUUGCGUCUAUAUCUAUCCGGUAAUUCUGCCUCGACAGGUCAACAACAGGUGGCAGAUGACUAUGAUGAUUUUAGUUCGACACCACCACAUGUUUCUGCAGCCAAGCAGCCUCAAAAUAAAGGCGUAUCACAAUCUCCACCUCACAAGAAGCCUAGACAGAUGCCAAUGGUACCAUCGCCAUUGAAGAAGACCGCAUCUCCAAUUACACGUGUUGGUAGUCAUCCGAGUGGUGGACGAUUGACCAGACGUCAUGGGUUUGCAUCAACUGGCCAUGCUCCAGCAGUGGAAAAGGAAUCAGCUCCAAUACCCACCCCCCCGUCUGCUAUUCCUGUUGACGUCCCAUCCACCAGCAAAUCCGAGGAUAUAUCUAGUCUGAGGGAGGAACUAAAUGAGUUUAAGUAUAAAGUUUACGCCGAAUUCAGGGAUCUUCACAAAGCCAUGAACGAAAACUUUGCCAAGGUCUUUGAAUACAUGAAAGUGAAUCAAACUACAGAAAAGGGUGCUAAUAGUGCGGCCCCGGUUCAGCCAGCCGACGAAUACAUUCCACGGGAAGCUGGAGUACAAAUGCAAACCGACACGGGUCAUGCAGAAUUGACAGAGGGAGUUGGCAUGCAACAGUUUGAUGUGCCUGAUAUUGGAAUGGAUCACCGCAACGAAAGUGGGGAAACAUUAAAGGCAUCUACUGAAGAACUUCAGCAAGGUGGUGAUAAUUCUGGAGAACAAAAAGAAUCGACGAAAUACAUAAAUGAGUUUCCCGACGACACCGUAUCUGUCAAAUCGCCAGUCGUAUCAGCAAACUCUGCUGACAUAGCAGAGGUCCUAGCUGAUAUUUCUCGCACAGGCUGGUCUUCGGGUCCCUCUCAUGACAAGAGUGCUGUAUUGCAGGAAGAUCGUCCUAUUUGCGAGAAAGAGCCCAAUGUUGGUGAGAAUGUGAUUCCCUUAUCUCAGUUUCUUUUGCCUGACGAGCUGUUUCCAAGUCAAACUCCCGAAAGAAGAAUGGUUUUGCAUCCAUCGGUAGCCCGGAACAGGCGUCCUACUGGUUCAAAACACAUCACUGUCCGCAUUUUUAAGAAGAAGCAUCCAUUCGCGGAAGAUCCUAUCACUGGUCCAAUCGACACAGAGCUUUGUGAUAAAUACUUGGGGUGGAUUCGCAAGGGACUGCUUGUCCGGCAUGAAAAUAAAAAGAACAAUGAAGACCGUUACAGAAAGAAGAUGGCAGCUUUGGAGAAUGAUGUAGAUUAUACUUAUAAUUUUGGCAUCACAGUAGUAGAGAACAAAAACUGGUUCUACCAGUUAUCAAUGAGUGGCCAGCUGUGGAAUGAUGAGGUUCAAUAA